ACAAAUUUGACGUAUAAUGGAUAACAAUUUUUAUUUAUAAAUAUUAGUCCUAUUUUCAUAAACAAAAUAGUUAUUUAUAUAUUAAAAACAAACUAAAUAUAAACAUAAAUAAAAUUUUGUUAAUUUGUCAUUUAAAUAUCAACAAAUAACAUCAAAAUAAUUUAUAAUUUUUUUUGUGUGUACUUUAAUCAAGUGAUAGUGUAUAAAAAACUUGUCGGUUAUAUUCUCUCAAUUUUAUUUUUUUUUAUUUAUUUAUUUCCUUUAUUUUUAUUUUUUUAUUUUUACACAGAGAUUGCCAUACGUCAUUGAGCUCAAUAUACAACUCAUGACUAAAUUAUUCAAUCACAUAUAAAUUUUUUUUUUUUUAUCUUAUAAAAAACAUCAAUAUUAUUCAUAGACAAAAUAUCAAAUAACAAUAAUUAAAAAAAAAACAUCAUUUGACAGUGAAUGAAACGUGAUUGUAGGAGAAAAAAAAAAUUAUUAUUCCGCCAUAUUUAAUACUUGUGACUCUUUCGGGAGGAGGUUUAACCCCAUCCUCAUCAACUUCCUCUUUUAAUUUUUUAAACUAUAAUCAAUUUGUUGAUUUUUUAUUUAUACAAUUUUAUCAUUUAAUUAGAUCAAUUAUCAAACAAAAAUUGCUAGUUUAUUUUUCUUCAAAAACAUUAUUGUUAUUUUAAAUUUAAUAUUAUUUUUUAAACUGCAAAAAUGAGUUUCUUUGGUUUUGGACAGUCUGCUGGACUUGAAAUAAUUUUAAAUGGUGCUGAUACAAGAAAAACAGCUGAAAUUAAAACAGAAGAUGGUAAAAAAGAAAGAAAUUUUCUUUAUUAUGAUGGUGAAACAGUAUCUGGAAAAGUUAUUGUGAGUUUAAGAAAAGCUGGUAAAUUGGAGCAUCAAGGUGUUAAAGUUGAAUUUAUUGGACAAAUUGAAUUAUAUUAUGAUCGUGGUAAUCAUCAUGAAUUUACGAGUCUUGUUAAAGAACUAGCAAGACCUGGUGAAUUAACUCACAAUACUGAAUAUUCAUUUGAAUUUGCAAAUGUUGAAAAACCAUUUGAAAGUUACACUGGUUCAAAUGUACGUCUAAGAUAUUUUUUACGUGUAACAAUUGUACGUAGAUUGAGUGAUUUGGUCAAAGAAUUGGAUCUUGUUGUUCAUACAUUAAGCUCAUAUCCUGAUAUGAAUAAUCCAAUUAAAAUGGAAGUUGGAAUUGAGGAUUGUUUACAUAUUGAAUUUGAAUACAACAAGAGCAAAUAUCAUUUGAAGGAUGUUAUUGUUGGAAAAAUAUACUUUUUACUAGUCAGAAUAAAAAUAAAACACAUGGAAAUUGCAAUUAUAAAAAGAGAAACAACUGGUUCUGGUCCACAUACAUUUGUAGAGAAUGAAACAAUAGCCAAGUAUGAGAUCAUGGACGGUGCACCAGUCAGAGGUGAAUCAAUUCCUAUUCGUGUAUUUCUUGCUGGUUAUGAUCUUGCACCAACAAUGCGAGAUAUUAAUAAAAAAUUUAGUGUUAGAUAUUAUCUUAAUCUUGUUCUUAUGGAUGAAGAAGAUCGUCGUUAUUACAAACAACAAGAAAUAACAUUGUGGAGGAAAGGUGAAAAAAGUAGAAAAUCACAAACAGCAUCACCACAUUUACCAUCACAUUUAGUAUCAGCUGAGACUGGAUUUCCCCAGGGUGCAGCAAUAAAUGGUCCACCCUCAUUACCUGAAGGUACUGAAGAAACUGAAGACAAUGGAAAUAUUACAAAUGAUGAUAAUACACCACCAAUUGAAGGCAUGACACGUGAAGAAGGUGAUGGAGAAGGUGAAAAAGAAGAAGUAAGCCCCGAAAGUCAAUGAGUGCAAAUAAUAAUUUAAAUAAUCUACAUAAAAAAUUAAAUAAACAAAAAAUUAAUAUUCAAUUUGAAAGAAAAACAAGAAAAGUCAUCAUUAAUCUAAAAGAAUAAUUAAAUUCGAGCAAAAAUAAGCAAAAUGGAAUUUUUUUUUUUUUAAAUCAUGGUUUUUUAUUUUAUUUCCAAUCAAGUGUUUUGUAUAUAAUAAUAAUACAGCAAUGUUGCUGAUAACGAAAACCUGAUAAAUCAUAAAAAUAAAUAUAUAUAUAUAAUUUAAUUAAAUUAAAUACCAGUGUGUCGCUGGUUUAUAAAGGAAAAUAAAUAAAAAAUAAUAAUGAUAAAUAAAAUAAUAUGGGUGAUAUCUGUUACUUGGGUAUGAUUGCCAAUUUGAUAGCUCUUUUAUAAACGUAAAAUGAAAUUAAAAAAAAAAAUUAUAAAUGUAAAUAGAUACCGUAAUUGCUGAAAAUUAAUGAAAAAAAAAUAAUACAUAAAAAUUUAGGUGAAAAAAAUUGUUGCUGAUUUUUUUUUUCUUAAAAAAAAAAUUCUCAGUUUUAUUGUUUGUAUUAUUUUUGGAAUGAUUUAAUAUUAUUCAACUCAUAGGAUUUUUUUUUUUUUGAUAACGACAAAAUAAAUUUUUUAAAAAUUCAAAUUUUACAAUAAAAAAAUCAAAAUAAAAAAUAAUAGAAACUUUUUUUAGCUGGAAAUUAUGUAAACGAGUAUGUACUUUUUUUUUUUUGACUCAAUUUAUCAUUUUUUUUUUAUUCUGGGUCAAGUUAAAAGUCAUGGCUAAAGUAAUUUAUCUCAAAUCGAACAAAUAGAUACCCUGUUUGUAUACAGAAUGUUUUUUAUAUAUAAAAAAAUAAUAAUAAUAAAUAAUAAUAAUAAAAACAAAUAUAUAAAAUAGACAGUUGUGUUUCUUGAUGAAAAAAAAAAAUCAUAAAAAUAUUAAACACAAGUGGCAUCAUAAUCAUGAAACAGUUCCGCAAGUGAACCGACGAUUUUUUGUUGCUUAGAAUUAGAUAAACAUAAUUAAUAAAUAAAAAAAAAAGGAAUAAUAAUUAAAGAUUGUUUUCCUGGUGAAGCAACAACAAAAAUAAAAAAUAAAAAUCACGUUAGGUAGGAUAUUGAAUAAUAAGAAAAAUUUGAUUAUCAAUUUUUUAAAAAAACUUAUUUUCACGAUCAAAUUAUACAUUUUUAUUUUUUUUUAAUCAAUCAAUUGAUAUUUGUUUAUUUACUUCUUGAAAUAAAAUUUACAAUACAAAAACAAAAAAAUUAUAUAAAGAAAAACCACAAAUUUAUAAAUAAAAAAAUUAAAUUUAUAAUUAGAUUUAUUUAUUAUUUUACAUGUCAAUAUUGUAUAUAUAUAUGGUAAUGCAAUAUGCAAAUUUGUUGUAAGUAUAUUUUAAUGUCUUAUUAUGUUCAGAAAUAUAUGCUUGGCAAUUUCUAAAUAGUA